AAACACUUUCAUUGUUCAGUUCGACAAGUGCAGUCGACUACGCGGAUUUUGAAAACAUUUGAUAGCGACAUGGAUUUGGCCGGCAAAAAUGUAGUUUACCUUGGCGGAUUCGGAGGUAUAGGCCAGAAAUGUGUACAAGAGCUGCUCCAACGAAAGCUAAAGACUUUGGCCAUUUUCGACUUGACGGAAAAUGGCGACAUCUUGGCCAGUUGGAAAUCGGAGAAUCCCGAUACGGAUGUAUUUUAUCAAAAGGUAGAUAUCACCCAAAAGUCAGAUAUUGAAGCGGCCUACAAGGCAACCACAGAGAGAUGCGGGCACAUCGAUGUUGUGGUCAAUGGCAGUGGACUUAUGAACGAUCGCCUGGUGGAGCUUACCAUACAAAUAAACCUGCUGGGUGUAAUCAACAGCACAUUAACUGCCCUGGAGUACAUGGAUAAAUCGAAGGGCGGAAAAGGUGGACUCAUUGUGAACAUAUCCUCGGUGGCCGGUCUCCAGCCAACGCCUUUGAUGGCCAUUUAUUCGGCGGCCAAGACAGGUGUUACCACUUUUACUCGAGGCAUGUCUAACCCCAUUUACUACGCUCACACUGGCGUUGGUUUUGUGACAAUCUGUCCUGGAUUCACGGAUACUGGCCUCCUGGAGGACAUUGAUAAUAAAACCACCUUUACUUACCAUACUCCCAUGCUGGAGAUGUUCAAGAAGGUAAAGCGUCAGACGGCCGAGGUAUGUGCCCGAAACUUGGUCAAGGCCAUAGAGCAGGCCAAAAAUGGAUCGGUUCUAAUGCUGGAGCUGGGAGAGACCCAGGAAAUAGACAUACCUCCACACUGGACCCCCAAGCUAGAUAUUUAAUUCCUGACUUUUAUUACUUAUUCUGUAUAUACGUUCUAAUCUCUUUGAAAUGGUUGAAGAUUAAUAAAUACAUUUUAGUGAUUAUGUUAA